AAAGGGAUUACUGCUUGGAGUCAGAAGCUGCAGCCCAAGACUUUCUUGGAUCAGGACAGUGACUGCAGGAGGAGAAAUUCAUAUUGUGCAAACCUGUCCGUGAGAAAGAAUGGAGAAGAUUGUAGAAAUGAAGCCCAAGAAGAGCGUCGCUGAAGAAAUGGCAGAUUUAUUUCAUAAAUUCCCAAAUCCAAAGGACAUGGUAUUUACAGCAGAACUGGCAGAACCCUGGCAUUACCGAAUUUGGGAUGUUGGCCAGAAAUACCUUUACAUGUCGAACAACACAUUGGUGGCGGCUCCUAAAGGUUCCAACUCAGCAGAGGAAUUACUGGCUGUGGUCCCUAACCGAGGCUUUGAGAAAAAUAAUGACAACAUAUUCCCCAUUUUUAUGGGUCUCCAAGAUGGGUACCAUGUUCUUUCCUGUGUUGAAUCUGGUGCUCAACCUCAGAUAAGCAUAAUGGAGGAGGGUAUAAUGAAACUGUAUAAAGAUGCUCAACCAUUCAAGAAUUUCACCUUCUUGAAUCACACUGAAGGUGGCCAAGAAACGUGUUCCUUUGAAUCUGCAGCUUUUCCAGGUUGGUUCCUAAGUACAUCAACUGAGCCAAACAAGCCUAUCGGCUUGAGUCGUAAAGGAGGUGCUGAAAUUGCCACUUUUUAUUUUAUGAAAAAAUGAACAUUCAGGAGUGAAAUUAAAUCUGGAAAUUGCUCAUUUUUCCAUACUGAUCUAUGAUGUACUUGCUUCUUUUAAGAAUUGAAUAAAAAACACUGUACUA